GGACUGAGUCAGUGAAGAAAAGAAAUGGCGAUGCUCGGAGGGUUUAGCGCAGCCCAGCACAAGAAAAACGUCUCUGACGGGAGCAACGACGUGUCAGAAUUCGUCUGUCCAGUUUGCCUCGAAAUUUUCGACAGUCCCGUAACAACACAAUGCGGGCAUACGUUCUGCCAGAGUUGUUUGCAAGAGUGUUUGCGUCCACUGAAGCCAGUUUGUGCAGUAUGUCGGACCGGGCUUGGCCACUGGACUAAAGCUGAGGACCUUGAGGCCCUCAUCCAAUCAUCUGUGGCAGCUUGCAAGGGAUGUGGAGCUCAGGUUGGCCUUUCUCAAAUGAGAAGCCACACAGCUGCCUGUUCAAAAUACCAGGAGUACAUUGAGGAGGGAGUGAGGACCACUGCCCAGAGCCAGUCUGCCAUCAUCAGUCCAGUGCCAAAUCGCUUCACUUUCACCUGCCCAUACUGCAACUGCCAGAACCUCGAUCAGGACGGCCUGGUUGAACAUUGCACGUCCCAUCAUGCUCGAGACACACGCCAAGUGGUGUGCCCCAUCUGUGCCUCAAUGCCUUGGGGGGACCCUAACUACAGGAGUGCUGACUUUUUCCAGCACCUGAAGAUCAGACACACCUUCUCCUAUGACACCUUCGUUGACUAUUCCACAGAUGAGCACACAAUGAUCCAGGAGGCUCUACAGCGCUCCCUUUUGGACAACUGAAGUGAGAAGAACAAUCUAGCAUAGGAGGAAUCCAGGGAAAUGAAGGGGAGAUGGUGACGUGAAGUCUUGAGAAGACAGAACCCCACACUGUAUCAUCAUUCAUCUAUCAUGAGGAUGGUGGUACUGUAUUACUAUGGGUAAUCAGUUUCACAGGGAAUUGGUCUUGUUAAUGAAUCUAUAGGUUUAUUAUUCAGAAAAUAAAUCACGCAAUAUGGUUAAGAAAACAUAUUGUACUGUACUGAUUUAGGAGUGAUACUGUGUUUCUGGUGUGAUAAUAUCUUAUCCUCCAACUACCCCCACAGCUGAGUCUGUAGGCUUGAUAGUUUGUUGAAUAUCUAUUAAACUAUGUUUGUUAAAGCUUGUUCAUUGAUGACAUGGUGUCUUAUACCCAAAAAGUUGUAAUUAAAUUUCCCUGUCGUCAAUACUUGAUGUUAUAAGAGGGUUCGACCACUAGGUGGCUAACUAUUGCCAGCAAAUGACAAACUUCACAAAGUUGUCAAGUAAUAUUAACAAUAAUAUAUAAUAAUCUACUCGAGUGACUCUGCAUGUUUACUCUCAACAAUUGAGAGCAAGUUUUUCUUUUUGAGUUUUUUUUGUUUGUUUGUUUUAGCAGAUUGAAGCGUUUUUUUUGUUUGUUUGUUUUUUUAUGCUGUUUCUGGGUGAAGUGUGUGUGUGUGUGUGUGUGUGUGUGUGUGUGUUGUUUGAGAGACAGUGUGUGUUCAUUCUGUUUUCAGAGAUCUACUGGAAAGAAUAAAUAAUAUGAGGGUCAAACAAAGCCAGAGAUGGCCGUUUGCUUUAUUGUAAAGUUUCUCCCUUAUGUCUUUGUGCCUGCUGGUAGAUCUUGUUUCUGACUUCCAAAACUCAUAGGGCUAAUAGUUCAUCCAGUGAACCAAAAGAAGAAGUGGGAGACCAUCUUUGUGUCCUAAUCUGUCAAUUCUUGUGAUUUCAUUGGAGGAGAAUCUAUCUAAAUGGUUAUGGCCACAGGGAGGCAGUAGAGUUCCAUCGUUCUCUGGCUCAUCCAUGGGCCCUCACCAGCCUCCUGGCUCAGUUACAAGACAUAACUCAACACCGAUUUUGUUCUAUAAAUGUGCUUUACUCAAUGUGUGGUUCCCCUGCUUAGUUUUGUGACCGGGAUUUGUUCAAAUGCAGCGUACAAAAACAUCACUGAUCUUUAGAAAUGGAGGUUUUAGUGGAGUUAUUUGUUAUAGUUUCAAAAGAACAACUGUAACUUCACUUUUAGACCAUCUACGUGACUUGGCUUAAGAUUUUAAAUGUAAGUUAAUGUAGUGUUUUGUUAUUUUUCAUACCCAGUGUCUUGGAUGCAUCAUCACUAAAAAAAAAUUGCUGGUUUCCAUAUAUAUAUAUA